GGCCGGAGAGUAUCCGCGGCGCAAGCGCGCUCCUCUCGAGCUUGUGGAGUUGGGGGUGCGCCGCCAUCUUGUCACGGUCUCCGCCAGCGCUGUGUAAGCGAUGGGGGAGGAGGGGUCUGUCUCUUAAAGGGGACACGGCCCCAGGGUGGGCCCUCCCCUCCUCGGGGUGAGCUCGGAGAAAGAGGUGCGGGACUCAGGUCGGGCUCGGGGGUAUGGAGCGGGGCCCAGUGCUGCCCCCAUCCCGCGCUCUGCCCCGACGGGCCCACUUUAAGGCAGGCAGCCUCCUUCUUGGGAGGAUGGAGCAGAGGCAGCAGGGCCGCCAGCGGGCCUCUGAGUGCAUCCGCAAACAGAAGCGCAAGGAGCUGGACGCCCGGCGCAGCAAGUGCCGCAUCCGCAUCGGGGGCCACCUGGAGCAGUGGUGCCAGCUCAAGGAGCAGCUGGGCUUCUCCCUGCACUCCCAACUGGCCAAGUACCUGAUCGACAGGUACACUUCCCAGGGCUGCAUGCUGAGUGCAGGGCAGGGUGGCUCAGAUCCCAGCGCCCUCCCAAUGGAUGCCCUGCAGCGCCUGGUCGUCCUGUCUCAUGUUCACAGCCAGGAGUGCAGCUUGAUCCCCAAUGUGAAGACUUCCUCACCAAGCGACAAGGGGGCCCCAGGGAAUCUAGUGUGGGAGUGCAUGGCUGGACACACCUUCUCCUGGCGCCCCCCUGCACCAGAAGAGCAGGGCUGUGCCCCACCAGGAGGUAGUUUAGAACCCGGCAAAGCUGCCUCCCGGCGCAAGAAGGACAGAGGGGCCAGCUCAGGGCCCAUCGUACCACCUUCCCCACUUACCAGCCGCAGGCGCUCACUCCGCAGGGCAGUGCUUGCCCAGGAUUCCUCUGGGAUGAUAGUUAAGGUGGAGCUCAGCCCCCUUGGGGACAGUGGGUUGGUGAAGAGAAUGGCAGCCCCAUCAUCCACCAGCAGCAUGGACCACAGCGGAGAGCUAGGAGCAGAGAGCACUGACACUGAUGCAGUUUCUCUCUCUACAGCUCUCCUGGCAGAGGCAGAGGCUGGCACAGAAGGGGUAGAGCCGGAGAGUGCACCAGGUUUGGAGGAUAAACCAGAGGAGGUGCCUGAGCCCAAAGAGGAACAGGAUGAGGAUGAAGACUUCACUGAAGAAGAUGACCUCACUUACACUGACGACCUGCGAGAUGAGAAUUACCACCCCUCACUGGACAGUGACUCCGAGCUGAAAAGAGAGCAAAGCCAGACCAAGAGCCGCAAGAGACCCGUGAAGGGUGCGCAACUGCCUACUGAGAUGAGUCCAGCCAAUGGCAGCCCCUCUGAGGAGCAGGCGGUGCAAUCCAGCCGCAAGAAGCAAGGACAGCCAAGCAACACGGAUUUGGCCCAGAUCGGCCCUAAGAGAAUCAGGAAGGCAACCAAGCGUGAGAUGCUCCUGUGUGACUUCGAGGGCUGCGGCAAAAUCUUCUCCAACCGCCAGUACCUGAAUCACCACAGGAAAUACCAGCACGUGCACCAGAAGACCUUCACCUGCUCUGAGCCCAGCUGCGGCAAGUCCUUCAACUUCAAGAAACACCUGAAGGAGCACGAGAAGCUGCACAGUGACAAACGGGAUUACAUCUGUGAGUACUGCGCCCGCCCCUUCCGCACCAGCAGCAACUUGAUCAUCCACAGACGCAUCCACACGGGGGAGAAACCCAUACAGUGUGAGAUCUGCGGCUUCACCUGCCGUCAGAAGGCCUCCCUCAACUGGCACAUGAAGAAGCAUGAUGCCCACUCCUUCUACCAGUUCUCCUGCGACAUCUGUGGCAAGAAGUUUGAGAAGAAGGACAACGUCACUGCGCACAAGAGCAAGAGCCAUCCCGAGGUGGCUGCCGGCCCAGCCCAGCCCACGCCGGAAAUGCCAGAACCUGCCCACCAGGACACACCAUCCCCACCCCCCACCCUCACUGAGGAGACACCAACCGAGGAUCACCUGGGGCCGUGCCCACUUGUCACAGAGCAGCUGGAGAUCCCUGCACUGAGCCAUUCCAAAAUGGAGAAGGCGGAAAGGCCGGUGUCCUCCAUCACAGCUUCUGCCGAGUAACAGGCCACACCGAGCGGGAUCUGGGUCUGACAAGCAUUGGGGGCUGAGCCACGGGGGAUGUUGGCAGAGAUGAUCCCAGCAGGAUCCUGCCUUCCAGCUGGACUCUGCUGAGAGUGGGACAUAAAGCACUUAGCAGAGGGGUGAGGAUAACGACUGAACCAUGGCAGGAGACGGUAGCAGCAGAUCUGAAAUCCUGCCCAGGCACUGAGAGUAUGGAGACAGGGAGGCAAACCCCCGCAGCCAUGCACAGCCUCCCUACACUACAGUGAGUAGAGCGCAGACUCUCUGUGGGCCAAGAGGACUGUGACACCAGGCAAAGGGUCUCACCUUCUCUGGGACAGGAGAACUCUGAAGAAAGAUCCUGAGGUUCGCCCUCCCCAGGAAAAGGCCUCAGUUUUGCUACUCUCGGCUUGGGGGUUUUGGACAAAUCCUCAAUAAAGAAUUAUUUCGUGUAGUGCCUGGGCA